AUGAUGAAGGGGAAAGAAAAGGAAGUGGUUGUGGCAAACCCUUUGAGUGGCGAAGACAGCGAUGAUAAGCAACGCCCUUCCUUUCCCUCCGGCAGAUUCUCUACCCGCAACGCUUCAUCCAAAUACGAUUUCGUCAAGGUCAAGGUAUGGUUGGGUGAUAACGCGGAUCACUACUACGUUCUCUCCAGAUUUUUGCUCAGCAGAAUGCUGACGGUUACCAAGAUUCCGAACCAUGUAGCUAUCAAAAUUGCUCUCGAACUGAAGAAGCUGCUCAUAGACAACAGCCUUCUAGAUGUCUCUCAAUCUGAUUUGGAAGUUAACCUAUUUAAGCUUAUGGAGAGGCGGGGAUAUGGAGAAGAGUACAUAAAUCGUUACAAGAUGAUGACGAGAUUUCACCAUCAAAGAGUUCCAUUAGUAAUCCUUGUCUGUGGAACUGCUUGUGUUGGGAAGUCUACUAUUGCCACUCAGCUUGCACAGAGGCUAAAUUUACCAAAUGUAUUACAGACAGAUAUGGUUUAUGAACUGUUGCGCACAUCCACAGAUGCACCAUUGGCAUCAACUCCUGUAUGGGCUAGAGACUUUGGUUCAUCGGAGGAGUUAAUAACUGAAUUUUGCAGAGAAUGCAGGGUUGUUCGGAAAGGUUUGGCUGGUGAUCUGAAAAAGGCAAUGAAAGAUGGGAAACCAAUUAUAAUCGAGGGAAUACAUUUGGAUCCUAGCAUUUAUUUAGUGGACGAUGAUAAUAAAUCACCUUCUGGUGUACAUUCAGAGAACAAAGAGAUAAAUCCAGCAGUUGUGACAUUGGAUGAUAAUGCUAAUAUACAGAUAAAAGAUGUUUAUGUGGGUAGUGGCGAUGAGAGCAACCAUGGCUCCAAGAUUUUGAGCUCUAAUGAAGGCGUAUCUGCUGACCAGGUUGAUGCAGUAUCAAAUUCUAUAGCAUCCCUAGGCCUUACUGGAAGUAUCCUUGGACAUAAAGGUGCUUCUCUUAGGGAACUGGAAAUUGACAAGACUACUAUUAGUAAGAUGAAGUCGGGCCCCAUACCAAUAACUGUGCCUAUUGUUUUAAAGAUGGCUGAAUUUGAUCACAAGGCAUUACUUGAGGAAUGGAUCUCCAGUCGAACAUUUUAUGACAAAUGUCCCGACCUGGACCACGAGAAGCUUAUUGCCAACUUGAAAACUAUACAGGAUUAUCUGUGCUCAUUCACAUCACAGGGGUUGACUGUGGUCAACGUAUCGGCAACAACAUUUCCUCAAACAUUGGAUUGGCUGCAUGGUUACCUUCUUCAGUGCAUCGAGAAAGGUAUCAAAGAAAAUGUUUCAGCACCAGUAGCUGCAGUAUAG